AUGACGGAACAUUCGGCCGCCGCAUACUGCAACUCCAAGAAAGAGCCCGGGCAGAUGGUUGAAUGUGACGGAAAUUGUCCGACGGUCAAGGAAAAUAGAGUGAUUUUGAAUCACACAUUUAGUGGCUGGCCUGGCGCCCUCAACGGUUACAUCGCCGUCGACCACGAACGAAAAGAAAUCGUCCUAUCCAUUCGGGGGUCUUGGAGUCUGCCAAACUGGGUAUAUGACGUCCGAUUCUUCUUCACCGACUGCGAAUAUGUUCCGGGGUGCAGAGUUCACACAGGCUUUGCCAAGGCCUGGGGGGGAGUCUCGGACAAGGUCACGGCCAUCCUCCAGUCCCUUCACAGAGAGCACAAGUACCCCGUGGUUGUCACCGGUCAUUCCCUCGGCGGUGCGGCAGCGACGAUUGCCGCUGCCCACCUUCGUUAUCGCGGCUUACCCGUGGAAGCGUACACCUACGGCGCCCCACGCGCCGGCAACAUCCCGUUUGCUAACUUUGCCUCAUCGAGGCUCAAUGGCACGACGUAUCGCGUCACGCAUGAUGCAGACACGAUAGCCCUUGUACCGCCAAUCUUUAUGGGCUAUGCUCACACAUCUCCUGAGUUCUGGAUUAGUGCGGGUUCGAAGGAAACCAAAUAUGGCAAAAGCCAAAUCUUCAACUGCACAGGAAUUAAGAACCACGACUGCCAGCUUAGCACAUCAGGUCUUGGCCUCCCGGCCCAUUUCCACUAUUUCAGAAAGAUUGAUGCCUGCAAGCCGACACUCCCUCUGAGAAGGCGAGAAGAAACAUUCGAUAUCCCUGACGGGUGGAAAGACAACAUCAACAAGGACCGCGCUAUGGCAAAGCAAGACGCUGUUUUCAGAAGACUACAAAGUAAUGAUUGUGCAGAAAUCCUCGACGAAGAGAUUCUGGUGGACAACGAGAGCACAUAUGAACGAGCAGUAGUCAGGAAAUGCUCGGAUUCUGUUGAGGUCAAUGAGCUUCCAGAGCGGACGUCCAUUGAGUCUGCCACCGACUUGGACUCCACGAGAGAGGAACCUCAACUAGACGUUUCCAGGCCUGACACCAGCUCCAACCGUCCACAUGAGAUGCCGCAGCCAGUUGGUAAGCCGAUCUGGGCAGAACGAGACGGCGACAAAAACUUCAAACAAUGUAAAAGGGUGUUUCCCGACAACGCAUGCGUCAGAGAACUUUUCUACUUGCAAGGAUCCAGCGACGAAAUCCGAAAAAGUUGCCGAGACGGUAAUUUGCGCAAAAAGGAAUAUCUAAAUGUUGGAGUUGGCUUUUAUCGAAACGAUGUCUUCCCGAAAGGACCCAAGUGUGGCGAGUUCGGAAACUACCUCGACGGGGUAUUGGCGAUGAAGCUUACAAGAAAGGACCACUAUGGACCUAUCUGCGAACAGUGCGUUCUCCUAGACGAAUCAAUGUGGGCAGAACGCGAUGGCAACAUGGAGUUCCAACGGUGCAGGGAGAAGCUUUCCAACUCUCCUUGCGUCAGAGAAUUCUUUCACCUGCAAGGAUCUGUCGAGGAAUUCCGCAAGAGCUGCCAGUCAGGCAAUCUGGCCAAGGAUGAACGCAUUAUUCUCACGAUAGAUAUAUUUCCCGAAAAGAUUUUUCCCGGUGGACCCCAAUGCGGCAAGCGAGAAGAUCAGUUGGUGAAUUUCCAAAUAGAGAAAACAUGGGGGCUAUCUGCAAGCAGUGCUUCUCAUGAGUUGAAUAGCUAG